GGCGAGCCGAAUAUAACAUGGAACCAAAAUCACCGACACCGGUCUUUGAAAUCGACAAAGUAAAAUUACAAUGAAAUCAACAAUCAUAUGAGUUAGUAAUGGACAGAUGAUGAUGGUUCCUGAAGAGUGAGAUGAAUUCUUCAGUCAUAUUAAAGGCACAGAAUCCAAUGUCAAUCUGUCCACAUGAGAUAUUUACAAGAGAAUGGUUCUAAGAAUGGAUGAAACAUUGCCUGAAUUUUCGGACCCUAAAUGCAAAGUUGUCAAUAAAAAUAUGCACAAUUCUUUCCAAGGUUGUAUUGCCAAUGGAAUUAGCAGUAAUGGAUCCUCGAGCAAUACUGGUGAAGACAGAAAAUCCGAUUUUUCCAAUGACAGCCUCUGGGACAUUUCCAUCCAUUCUGAAAAUUCCACUGAUGGCAAACCUGCUGAUGAUGGAAAUGCUGCUGAUAUUUCUAAUAAUAUUAGCUGCUCAGAUAUAGAUGUAAUGACAGACGCAUACAAAGAUGUUUGCGGCAUCAACCAAAAUCAUAUAAAUAAACCGAUUAACCUUUAUCCCAACUCUGCGGAACGAAAUCAAGAUGAAAAAAUAAAUCCAGUUGAUUCCAAAGACCAAGAAUCCGAAGCGUGUGAAAACUACUUAAUGAGUAUUAAAAAGCGAUGUAAGAAAAAAGUAGGUCGACGAGACAAACAUUUAGUUACAAAUCCAUUAAAUUCACAACGUUUCAAUACCUCAUUAAACGGCAAUAACAAUAAUUCUACAAACAAUAAUGGCUUCGAUUAUUCUGCUAAUGAGUCGCAGGACGACAUACUUCGAGAUUAUUUGAUGUGUCUGUACGGUGAGGAGGCUUUUACAUUCACCAACAAUGGAUCCGCCUCCGACACAAACUAUUAUGGGAUGGAGGAAGGAAGUUGCAGCUCAAACAGCGAAGGAUUCAAAUCAAAAUCCCUUAAAAACAAAUUUGAAUACAGGAAAGAUUGCACGGAGAGCAAGCCGUAUAUUUGUGGCAUCUGUUCGAAGGCAUUUGGUCAACAUUCAAAUAUAGUUCUCCAUAUGAGGUCACACACCGGGGAAAAACCAUAUAUCUGUGAUGUUUGCGGUAAGGGUUUUAGUGGAAAGAGCGACUUAAACCGACACAAAAAUAUCCAUUCAGUCGUCAAGAAAUACUGGUGUGAGGAAUGUCAGCGCGGUUUCAAUGAUAACAGUGGUUUCCGCAGGCAUAAACUGAUUUACCACAGCGCUAGCUCACAUAAAUGUCAUAUUUGUCCUAAAUCCUAUCUCGCUCUUAAAGAUUUGGAUAAACAUCUUAAAACCCAUUUAAAGGAUAAAAAAGAAAGCACUGGUAGUGUAAAAGCAACAGCAGCUAAACCAGAUGGUGUAAGUAAACCAGUUAGUGAGACAAGCCAAGCUGAAUCUGAUGUUAAAGAUGAUACUGCUAUCACUAUAGACGAUUCGUCAACUGAUAAUUCAAAUCUCACUGGUUCUGUUACCAAUGGAGAGACAAACUCACCACCAUCACCCAAAAUGCUAAAAAAGAAAGAAAAUGAAAAAUAUACCUAUCCACUACACACCCUGUCUCCUGAACGCCCACAUCAGUGCGAAAAAUGCAAUUUCUCCUGUUCCAAAAGAAGUAACCUUAGAAAACAUGUAGCCUAUGUCCAUUGUGCUGAGAGAUUCUAUAAAUGUGAUGUAUGUUUAAAAGGGUUUAAAUCCAGCUGGGCAUUAAAAAGGCACAAGCAGGUUCAUAACGAGGAAAAGACAUAUCGUUGUGAUAUUUGUGAAAAGGGUUUUAAUGAUACGGGUAGUUUUAAAUAUCAUAUGAAAACCCAUAGCGGUGAGAAACCUCACCACUGCGAGGUUUGUGCCAAAUCUUUUGUACUUAAAUCAGACUUAAAGAAGCACAUGAGUACUCAUAUAAAGCAAAUCCAAGUGGCAGCUGAUCGACAGGAAGUUAAUGAGGACAUGGAGGUCCUCAUUCAAUCUGAUGAUUCCUUCCUAAAUAUAGCUGCUUAUGUCCAGUCUUCCGGAAGAUAAACUAGUCAAUUUUUUAGUAGUCAUUGAAUUAUAUAAAUUGUCUGUGCAUCAGUAUUCAUGUUUCAUAUAAGAUUGUACUUACAAUUUGUAGAGUAAAAUAGCCAUGUAAAUGUUAAAAUUUUUGGACCAGGAACCGAUCCUGAUGCGCUAUUCAUCUUCUUGUUCUUCUUGGUGUGGGGGACAAUGCUCUUCGACGCACAAUCAACAUCAGUUUGGCAUGAUUGUUUCUGGAACAAUUGUGCAUUGGUUACUUCACAAUUCCAAGAUGUGUGGCAAUGACGCCAUGCUCGGUUCCUGAUCCAUAAUAGGCUACUUGUUAAUGUCUAGAAUGUACAUCUAAUUGUUCUCAGAUGCAUUACGCUUUAUUCAAGCCAGUGAUUCUUAUUUGAAGAAUUAUGAAUCUCCUGCAAACUACAUUACAUGUAUGGUGAAAUUUGAAUCUUUAAAACAAAUAUCACUAAAAUGUUUGAAUUCCGUUUACAAAGAUUUAAUGAAAUUCGAAACAUUCGACAUCCAGCACCACCUGUAAGUGUUGGGUUAAAUCUUUUGAUGGUCCUCUUUUUAAUCUGAUUAAAUCCAAGUAGGGAGGUAUCUACUAUUGAUAUUUGGGUUUGUUUUCUUAAUUAAAUGCUAAAUAAACAAUAAACAUUUUAGUGUUGAUUAAGGCAUGAAAAAUAAUCAGAUAUUGUCCACACCAAAAAACUCAGUCAGAAUCAAUGUUAACUCUGUCUUAUAUCAAAUAAGAGGUUAGCAACUUUUAUGAUUCUGGCAGAAAAAAAUAGGCAAAUUAUUUUAACAUUUUUACACUUUAAAACUUAUUGACUUCUUAUACAAAGCAGAUAAGAUUAUAGAUUAGAUCUGUAAAGAAUAAUUGUUUAUAUAAAUUCAGUAUGUGAUUUUAAUCUGUCGAAAUGGGUCAUUAGCAAACUUUGUUGCUAAAAUAGUAGAAAAUCUUUUGAGUAUCAUCUUUAACUGCUGAUCACAGCAGUUUAGGCACCCUACCUCAUUUUAGGUCAC